GAUUCGUUUUAGCCUCUAACUCAAUUUUGUAUAUGGAUCAUUCUAUCUCUUACUCUCUUCUUUUUUCUCAGCCUUUCGUUUCCAUUUAUAUACAAUGAAUAGUUUUUAAUUUUGAAUUUGUAGCAUUGUCCUUCUUUUUCACUUUCUUCUUGAAUUAGCAAAGUCUACUGAACUUAUAAAGGAUGAUGGCUUCAGCUUAUAAAGGAAUUCUUACCCGAUCUAAUCAUGACAUCUGCGCACAAGCCCUAUUGAAAGUGAGACCCUUAGAUCAGAUUGGUUAUCUGAAAGACCAAAAUCUACUUGGUCGUGGCCGGGCCAAAAGUGUUCGACGUGUUAAAUAUCAAAACAAGAAAUGUCUGCAUCAGCAUGCUAGGCACUUGAGGUCACCCACUGUCAUGGCUUUGGUCUCAGAGCCAAUUGCAACCGCGAGAAAGCGAGUAUUCACAUUUGGUAAAGGAAGAAGUGAAGGCAACAAAAGCAUGAAAUCCUUGCUAGGUGGUAAAGGAGCAAAUCUUGCCGAAAUGUCCAGCAUAGGCUUAUCUGUUCCACCUGGGCUGACCAUUUCAACUGAAGCUUGCCAAGAGUAUCAGGAAAAUGGCAAAAAGCUUCCUGAAAGUUUGUGGGAGGAAAUCUUAGAAGGUUUGAGAGUGAUAGAGAAUGAUAUGGGUGCCUACCUUGGAGACCCUUCUAAGCCUCUUCUUCUUUCAGUUCGUUCUGGUGCUGCGAUUUCUAUGCCGGGGAUGAUGGACACGGUCCUGAAUCUCGGACUUAAUGACGAAGUUGUUAAUGCCCUUGCUGCAAAGAGUGGAGAACGCUUUGCUUACGACUCUUUUAGGCGUUUCUUGGAUAUGUUUGGUGGUGUUGUCAUGGGUAUACCUCAUUCCGCAUUCGAGGAGAAGUUAGAACAUCUGAAGGAAGCAAAAGGGGUUAAACUUGAUACUGAGCUAACUGCUUCAGAUCUAAAAGAGCUCGCGGAGCAGUACAAGAAUGUGUAUCUAGAGACAAAAGGAGAAGUUUUUCCUGCCAGUCCAUUGAAACAACUUCAGUUAGCUAUUGAAGCAGUCUUUGAGUCCUGGGACAGUCCAAGAGCCGUCAAGUAUCGAAGCAUUAACCAGAUUUCUGGCUUGAAAGGAACUGCAGUUAAUAUCCAGUCUAUGGUGUUUGGCAACAUGGGGAAUACUUCAGGAACAGGUGUUCUUUUUACUCGAAAUCCGAGCACUGGUGAAAAGAAGCUCUAUGGGGAGUUUUUGAUUAAUGCUCAGGGAGAAGAUGUUGUCGCUGGCAUAAGAACACCGGAAGACUUAGGCACCAUGGAGAGGUGCAUGCCUGAAGCUUACAAGGAACUCGUGGAGAACUGUGAAAUUUUAGAACAACAUUACAAGGAUAUGAUGGAUAUUGAAUUCACUGUUCAAGAAAAUAGGCUGUGGAUGCUACAAUGCCGAUCCGGUAAGCGAACCGGAAAAGGUGCAGUAAAAAUAGCUGUCGACCUGGUGAAUGAAGGAAUUGUUGAUACUAAUACUGCCGUUAAGAUGGUGGAACCACAACAUCUUGACCAGCUGCUUCACCCUCAGUUUGAAGAUCCUUCAGCAUACAAAGACAAAGUGAUUGCUACUGGGCUACCAGCAUCUCCUGGAGCUGCUGUGGGGCAGAUUGUAUUCAGUGCUGAAGAUGCGGAAGCCUGGCACGCGCAAGGAAAAAGUGUCAUUCUGGUGAGGACUGAAACUAGCCCAGAGGAUGUAGGAGGCAUGCAUGUGGCUGCUGGAAUCUUGACUGCGAGGGGUGGAAUAACAUCCCAUGCUGCUGUUGUGGCUCGUGGAUGGGGAAAGUGUUGCGUUUCAGGGUGCUCAGAUAUUCAAGUGAAUGAUGCCAAGAAGGUUGUUGUGGUUGGAAAUAAUGUACUAGCAGAAGGCGACUGGCUUUCUCUUAAUGGAACUACUGGUGAAGUUAUUCUAGGGAAAGAACCACUUGCACCUCCUGCUCUUAGCGGGGAUCUGGAGGUCUUCAUGUCUUGGGCUGAUAACAUACGACGUCUUAAGGUCAUGGCCAAUGCUGAUACACCCGAGGAUGCGUUGACAGCAAGAAACAAUGGGGCUGAAGGGAUUGGGCUUUGCAGGACUGAGCAUAUGUUCUUUGCUUCAGAUGAUAGGAUAAAGACAGUGAGAAAAAUGAUAAUGGCAGUUACACCUGAGCAAAGAAAAGUAGCUCUGGACCAGCUGUUACCUUAUCAGAGAUCCGACUUUGAAGGGAUUUUUCGGGCCAUGGAUGGGCUUCCUGUGACAAUCAGAUUGCUUGACCCUCCACUUCAUGAGUUUCUUCCAGAAGGUGACUUAGAUCAAAUUGUCAAGGACUUAGCGUCUGAAACAGGCAUGACAGAUGAUGAAGUCUAUUCCAGGAUUGAAAAGUUAUCCGAAGUCAACCCUAUGUUGGGUUUCCGGGGCUGCAGGCUGGGGAUAUCAUACCCUGAACUUACUGAAAUGCAAGCACGUGCAAUAUUCCAAGCUGCAGUGUCAAUGACCAACCAAGGCAUUAAAGUCCUACCUGAAAUUAUGGUUCCUCUUGUUGGAACACCUCAGGAGCUAGGCCAUCAAGUGAAUUUGAUACGCGAUGUUGCAUCAAAGGUAUUCUCCGAGACAGGUACCACCUUGAACUUCAAGGUAGGAACAAUGAUCGAGAUCCCUAGAGCGGCUCUAAUUGCAGAUGAGAUUGCAAAGGAAGCAGAAUUCUUUUCAUUUGGAACAAACGAUCUCACACAAAUGACAUUUGGAUAUAGUAGAGAUGAUGUUGGUAAAUUCCUUCCUAUAUACAUGUCCCAGGGCAUACUCCAAACUGAUCCCUUUGAGGUUCUCGACCAAAAGGGUGUGGGCCAGCUUAUCAAACACGCAACUGAGAGAGGUCGUGCUUCAAGGCCUAGCUUGAAGGUUGGUAUUUGCGGAGAGCAUGGAGGAGAGCCUUCAUCUGUUGCAUUUUUUGCGGAGGCUGGACUCGAUUAUGUCUCGUGUUCUCCAUUCAGAGUUCCCAUUGCAAGACUAGCAGCUGCUCAAGUAUGCGUGUGAAAAUUAAAUACACCAGUCACCAGAUGAAUUAGAUGUUGUCACUUUUAUUUGUGUAAUUUAAGUUAAAUUUUUAUAAAAUGUAAUGUCUUUAUAUAUAUUAAAUUUAUUUUUGCUAUUUUUGCAUUAAGAUAUAACAUGUCAAUAACUUACAUUAUAAAUUUAAUAUUUACUUUGAUUGAGUA